AUGGGUUUCGCCGGAGUCGCGUUUCAGUCGCGCGCGGCGGCGGUGGCGGAGCUGCAGCACUGCCCGCAGUUCCACGACGCCAUUCUGGCGCUCCCCGACGCCGCCAUGUUCUCCGCGCCCGCGUGCCUGCUGUACGCGCGCAGCAAGUGGUUCCGCCGCGCGUGGGAGGACGCGCCGGGGAGCGGCUUCGGGAAAUGCGUGGAGAUCACGAUUCCGCCUGUACCCGGGGGGACGGAGGCGUUUGAGAGCAUUCUACAGUACUGUUACGGGCUGCCUGUUAACGCGGAUGCUACUAACGCGUUGCAGCUGCUGUGCUGCGCAGCGUUCUUCGAGAUGUGCGAGGGGAGCGAGGAGGAUUCGUUGCAGCGACAGGCGUGGAGGUACAUUAACGAGUAUGUUCUUAACGAGUGGGAGGACAGCCUGCGGCUGCUGGAGACAGUAGCGAGGGACGAGCUUGUAAUGAGGGAGGCUCUGAAGCUCGACCUCCCGCUGCACGCGUCAGCAUGUGUGGCAGGCACGUGCGCCAUCCCAUCCACCCACACCCGCCCGCCUGUUCACUCUAUUCGUUUCCCCCACCACCCCUCUCGCCCUCCCCUUCCCGCCUCUCCCCCCCUCUCCCGCCCCCUUCCCCCCCCUCCCCUCCCCUCCCCCUUCCUCCUCGUCGGCUGUGCUUUACCCCCUUCAUCUUUUCAUGCAGUGAGCGCCCUUCCUACGCUCCGCAACCACCCCCUGCUCGCUCUGAUCGCCUGCUUGCCACUCCAUCACCACGUGAUACCUGUCCCCUCGCACACUCGUGCUUAUGUUAAUGUUUCCCCUACACCACCCCUGCACCACCCCUACACCCCCCCCGCACCACCCCUACACCACCCCCGCACCACCCCUGCACCACCCCACCACACCACUCACCCACGAGCAGACCAUCUGAGCGCCAUGCUGUCGGGCCCGUUCGACAGCCCCACGCGCACGGCGGCGCUGCACCACCUCCUGGCGCGCCUGGCCGCCCUGCCCGCCCCCGUGCUGUCAUGCGUGCUGCAGGCGUGCCGGCAGGCCAGUGUGAGCUUCGUGCGCAUCGGCAACUACCUCGCCGCCCACUCCCACUCCUGCCUCUUCCAACACAUCCCCUCCCUCGCUGCCCUUGCCAGCGCUGCUGCCGCUGCUGCUGCUGGUGGGGAUGGCGAUGUUGCAACAGAAAAAGAGGCAGCAGCAGCAGGAGCUGCAGGGGCAGGGGCAGGGGCAGGAGGUGGGGAAGCAGCUUCGUCCGUUGGGCUUUCAAGCAGCGACGGUGCAGAGAGGAGGGUGGCGAGCGGAGGGGGAGGGGGAUACAAGGUGGUGUGUGGGGAGGAGGCGGCAGAGGAGGCGGAGGAGAGGGAGGAGGUGGGGCGGGCGAUGCUGUUUGAGUAUGCGUGCAGUGAGGCGCUGGAACACGCUGCAGCGAUGCAGGCGCUGCACCACCGGCCGCCAGCAGCAGCAGGGGCGGGAGGAGGAGGCAUGGACGCAGAAAGCAGGGGAUCAGCGGCAGCACUGCAGCAGCAGGCGUUGAGGCGGCAGCAGCAGGGGGGGUUAAGGUCCAGCACGCGCUACAUGCCAUCAGUGCAGUACCUGAUCGUGCUGCUCAAGCACUGCGUCACUCUACAGGAAGGACACACAGUCACGGAUGCACACGGGCAUGAACAGGGCGGUCAAGUGGGCGGUGUUGGUAAGACGCGAAGCUCAGCCUCGUUAGAAGUGUACUCGUUACAAGGAAAGGAAGGGCCAAGACAUCCGGUGAACAGCAAAGGGGUUCAAAGGGCAUCGUCGGUGCAGCGUGUGGGAGCCAGGGGCGUGAGGGGGGGUGCAGGCGCUGGGAGCACGGGGCUGAGGGAAACCAAGAGCGACAGCGACGUGGCCUCCAGUGAGCGGGCGGGUGCGGGCAGGAAGGGCGAGGCCAUGGGGGAGGGCGUGCGGGCGGGCGUGGGGCGGCGCAAGGAGCUGCUCUUCACACGCCUGGCGCACCGCCUCACCGCCAUGCCCACCGCGCUGUCCCUGGCGGACCUCGUCUUCCUCGGCCCCGCCACCAGCCUGCUGCUCCUCCACUCCCUCCGCGAUGCCUCCGUCUCCCAUGCCGUGCACCCCUCCAUCCCACCCCUGGCCCCCCAUGCUGGAGGGGCCCUGCCGCCACUUCCAUCGCACCCACCACCAGCGUCCACAGGCACUAGCACUAGCAUCACCAGCAGCAGCAGCAGCAGCGGGCGGCGUGUGGCGGUGCGGGUGGUGGGGUCACCAGCAGCAGCGCUGGGUGGCGAUCUCGUGUGCGACUACGUGCACUACCUCGCAGCGCGCAUGACGCACCAAUCACAGCACCACACGUGGCUGCCCUUCCUGCGCCUGUGCCCCGCGUGGCCCGGCCUGUCGAGCUUCCUCAUCGACCUCAUAGCGCUGCUGAACCUGCUCUUCCCUUACGCCCGCCACCUGCCCCCCGUGCCCGAGCUCUGGAGCAUGGUGGACGUCAGCGCGCUUUCUGAUGAGAAGCUCGCCCUCGCCGGGAAGAUGUGCUGCGAGGGGGAGGGUCAGGGCGGAGAUGCGGGAGGGGAUGGGGGAGAGAGGGGUGGCGGGUGGGGAGGGGGUUGGGGUGGGAGAGGGAGGGAGCAGGGGAGGGGAUGGUGGAGUGAGGGGAGGGUGUUGGCGCAGCAGGUGGAGAGGGAGCAGAGGGCGAGGGGUGUGAGGGCUGAGGGGGAGAGGGGAAAAGAAGGGGGGAUGCGGGGGGAGGUGGAGAAAGAACGGCGGGGGCGGCAGGAGAGGGCGCUGCAGCAGGCGGCGUUAGAGGUGGAGAGUGUGCGCGCCGCCAGCACCCGCCUCGCACUGGAGACCGCACAGGUGAGCGCCGGUGGUGGUGUGGCAGCAGGAGGAGGAGGAGGAGAGGGUGCAGAUGACCCCACUCGCCAUACUGCCCUUGCCCGCCCCGCUCACGGCCCUCUCACACACCUGUCCACCCUCGCUCGCAUCCACCAGGAGGGCGUGGCAUGGGACCGCCACCUCACCCGUGGCCCUCCAUUCUCCCCGUCCCUCCCAGCCACACCCUCUCCAUUCUCACUUGAUGCCAUGCGAUCCAUGUCCACGCCACACUCAUCUACCCGCAUGCCAUACACCCUUCACCCUCGCCCCUUCAACCCCUCACUCUCGCAUUCCCCUUGCACGCCCCCCCUCGCUACCCCCUGUGCCCCACAGGGCAUGGCAUCGGACGCGUGUCCAUGGGAGACGCUACAGCAGCGCGGGCUAGAUGCGGACAUGGUGGUGGACAUAGACGGGGUCACGUGGCCGCUGCACCGCCACGUGCUCCUCCCGCACUGCCCCCUCAUCCACUCCCUCCUCCCCGCCGCCACUGCUGCCGCCACCGCCAGUGCGUGUGAGGGCGAGCAGGGCGUGAUGCCGCUGGCGCUGGGCACGGGGCUGCCCAUCGUGGCGCUCACCGGCUUCCCCGGGGGUCCGCGCUCCUUCUCCAUCAUCGUCCGCUGGUGCUACGGCUCUCGCCCCAAGCUCUCGCCCAGCCAGGCCGCUGCUGUGCUCUUUGCUGCGCGCUUCCUCGGUAAGCCUUCUUCCGCAUGCCUCAACCGCUGCGUGAGCCAUAGCAUCAUGGGGCGCACGUUCAUGCCUUACUCUCCUUCCGAUCCACCCUCCUCUGCCUUCCCUUCCAUCCUUGAUGGGUGUAUGGUACGGGCAGGCAUGGAGGACCGCGGCAGUGAGGCGCUGAUACCAGUGGCGGUGCGCGCGGUGAAGGGAGGGCUGGCGGAGGGGUGGGAGGCGUGCUUUGACAUCUUGGAGCGGUGCUACCACGACCGCGUGCUGGGCGCGCUGGUGGUCGAGUUCAGCCUCAACCGCCACUUCUGCUCCUCCUCCCCCCGUCCAUGCUGGCACUUCACCACACACCGCUUUCCAUUCCCCCUUGUCUACUUCUCCCAUCGCUCAUCCCUGCCCUACUUCGCCUGCGACAGGCGCCAUAUUAAAGCUGGAGUCCCACUCCCCCUUGUCCUCUUGCACCCCUCAUCUCACCCGCCACUCCCCCCUCCCUCCAUCCGCUCUGUGCCAGGCGCAAUUCUGAAGCUGGAGUCGAAGCUGGUGGGGUACGGGCGGUGGGGCAACGACGACUGGGCGACGGUGAAUCGUCUCUUAGAGGGUAUGAGCAAGCUGCCCCCAGACAUCAGCAGGCGCGUGGUGCAGCAGCUCUGGGACCUGCGCCACUCCCACUGGGCCACCGUCUGCCCUGCACCCUGUUCUGAGGCGGGGGAGGAGCACCCGGGCAUCAAGGCCAUGGCCACGGUGGGGAGCUUCCUGCUGGGUAUCACUCUGCUGAGUAAGAUGGAGUGGCGGAGGCAGCAGGACGAGGAGGAGGAGGAGAAGAGGAGGAAGAAGGGCGGGCAGGGGUCAGCAGGUACCAGCAGCAGCCCGAGCCACGCAGCCAACUCUCCAUCGGCCCAGGCGCUGAGCAGCAGUGUGAGGAGCAGGGCACAGCCACCAUACGACAACAUCCUGUGGAUGCUGCGAGUGCUCAAGCUCUUCAUCUCGCCGCCCUUCGAUCGCCCCAUCCUGCUCGUGCUCAGCAACAACACGCCCCUCCUUGAAACCCACCACCUGCACUUCCUCGACCUCUCCUCCUGCCUCUCCCUCCUCACGCUCGUCUCCGCCGCCCCGCACCAAGACUCCCACCUGGUGGCCACCGCUGAUCUCCUCGACGUCUACCUCGCAACGCAAGGCACCAAGCGCAACCCACCGCUCAGCCCCGAGGAUUUCCGUGCGCUUGUGACGCGCCUGCCGCCCGAGGCGCGGCCGACGCACGACGGGGUGUUUGAGGCGGUGUGUGCGUUCGCCGAGGCGGACCCGCGGCCCGCCACAUGGAACCUGCUGGCCCUCGUGGACUGCGGGCGCCUCACCCCGCGCUGCCUGCGUCUCGCUGCGUCAGCGGCGGCGUCGAUGGAGUUUGGGCAGUCGGCUGUGGCGGGCUUCUGGCUGUUCCUCGUCUCGCUCUUGCGUGCUCUCAUGUGGUGUGGCCGCGGGAUGGCGGGGCGCGGCGACGAGGAUGAAUGGGACGAUGACGUUCCACUGGGGGGCUCUUUCCGCGGUCCCGCCACAACCCCCGCGCCUUCCGCCUCGCGGAUCCCUCCCCCGGGGUUCGCCGCAGGCGGAAGAGGCGUUGGCGGAAGAGGGGCUGGCGGAAGGGGGAGCAUGGACGGCGCGCGCGGGCAAGUUAGGUUCCGCGGAAUGCUUCCCGCUAUUCCGCCGAAUCCGCUUCAGGGGGAAUCGCCGUUCUCCCGUCCGCCCGCUGGUUCCGGCAGCACAGGCCACUCAGGCCAACGCGCCCCCACUGCCCAUGCCAGGGCCGGCCAUCCUGCCGGCCAUGCUGCCAGCCAUCCUGAUAAAAUUAGGGUCGGGGGAAUGGACGAGUAUAGGGGUGGCCUAGGGGGGUUAAGCGAGUUGGGGGGCGGGGGGGAACGGAGAGGGGAGGGCAGGGUGGGCGGGAGAGGCGUUGACGUGGGGGGAGGCUUGCCGGGUGAUUGGGAGGGGGAGCAACAGGAGAGACGUUAUAACCCGUUACAGGGGGAGCAACAGGAGAGACGUUUUAACCCGUUACAGGGGGAGCAACAGGAGAGACGUUUUAACCCGUUACAGGGGGAGCAACAGCGGCAGCAAGAGCGAGAGUAUUUGGAGGAGGGCGAGGAGGGGGGCGAAGAGGCCGGGGGGGACGAGGGGGGCGAGUCGGAGGAAGAGGAUGUUCCGCUCAACCAGCGCAGGGGGGGCGCGCAGCACAGCGCGGAUGGGGGCGCGGGGGGGGUGCUGGCGGGCAGAGGCGCAGCAGGGGUAAUGGCUGCUCCAGGGGGGGGCGCUGGGCACGGGAGGGGGCGGGGGAGAGGAAGAGGAGGGGGAAGAGGGGGGGGUGGCCCACUGCCUCCCCCGCCACACCCAUCCGUGCGCCAGCAGCAGGGGCUGCAAGAGCACGAGGAUGCUUAUAACGGGGAUGGAGUGCACGGAGAUGAGUCUAUCACGAGUGAAAGCGCCCCUGGCAGGCACUCUGGCAGCCCGGGGAAGGCGUUGGGGCGAGGGCGGGGGCGGGGCAGGGGCAGGGGGAGAGGCAGGCUUGGGGGAAGAGGAUUGGAAGGGGGGGAAGCGGAAGGGGCAGGAAGGGGAGGACAGGCAGGAGAUUCUGGGGGAGGUGAUGUGUUUGGGGGGAGUGAUGUUCUGUCCCCUGGGCGGGGCAGGGGGAGGGGCAGGGGGAGGGGACGUGGAAGGGGAGGAGGAAGAGGAAAGGGAGGGAGCGUUGCAGGGAGAGAGGCAAGUGAGGAGGAGGCAGGGGCGGGCAGUGAGUGGGAGGAGGGCGAGGGGUAUGGGCGUGCAGCGGAGGACGUGUAUGCGGGCGGCAGGUAUGGGGUUGAGCGGUACAGUCAGUCAGCAGCGGCGGAGAGAGAGGCGGUGCCAGGGCGGCUGCGGCUCACUGAGGAGGCGCACUCGCCCUUCCCCCUGCUGCCCCCGCCUCCCACCCCGCCUGCUGCCAGCGCUGCAGCACGGUCGGCAGCAGAGGGUGGCAGGGCAGAGGAAGGCACAGGCGGCGGGCACACCCUGCUGCAGCAGCGGCAGGAAGAGGCGGAGCAGGAGGGGCAGGAGCAGAAGCAGGGCAAGGGGGCAUCAGACACGGCUGCGAGUCUGGCUGCUCGGUUUGCUGCAGCCAUGAGCGCCGCGGCUGCAGGGGAGGGGUCGCUGGCGGAUGAGGCAGCUGCCAUUGCUGCUGCUCUGCCUGCUCCAAGAGUGUGGGACCAGAUGAGCCUGGACAGAAUCUCGACUGUUGAUCGCGAGGAGAAGAUCCGACGGCUGGAGUCGCAGUGCAUGGACGAGUGUGUGCAGCUGUGCCGCGACCUCAUCGUGCGCCAACGCCUCUGGCACCAGGACAUAGUGGAUGCAGGCAAGCCGCUGCCGCCCGUCAAGCUCUUCCCCAUCGUCCCUCCCCUCGACCUUCUCGACCCCGUGAGCCCGCCUGCCCUGCCUCACCUCGAAUUUGACUCGCUCCUCCCGCUCCUCCCACCCGCCAUGCAACCUGCUGCUGCCGGGGCGCCCACUGCUGCUGCUGCUGCUGCUGCUGGGAGGGGAGUGAAGGGGAAGGCGGAGGUGGAUGUGGGGGCGGGCAGUGCAGGGGGGCGGGGAGGGCGGGGCAGAGGAGGGCGAGGGAGAGGGCGAGGGGGGAGGGGAAUGAAGCCGGCGGGCUGGGAUGCUGAACCUUCUGCUGCCGUGUGUGGUGGUGGCGAGUCAGCAGGAGGUGGGGCAGUGUCGGCAGGUUUAAGGUUGAAACAAGAGGCGGGAGGGGCGGAGUGGGAGGAGGAUGCACCGUUGGGAAGGCAGCAGCAGCACGCGGGGAUGAAGAGGCCUCUGGGGCAGGUGGGGGGCGCGCAGGGGCAGCAGGGCGGAGCUCCUAUGGUGGCUCGUCCGAAGCAGAUGGUUCGGCGGCUGCUGGUGUGGCGGGCGAAUGAGCGCGAGGCGUUGAGGAAGGCCCUUCUCGCGUUUGGGCUGACCCGACCGUCCAUGGUGAGCACGGGGGGCGGGGGGGGGACUACCAAGGGAGUAGGGGCUCGCCAGAGUAACUGCUGGGGAGCAGCUACAAGUCUGCAGGUGCAGAGCAGCAUGCGGGCGAGCAUGAGGAGUGAGCGCCACGGGGCAGGGGACGUGGUGGACGCCACGUGUCACUUCCUGCGCGCCUGCUCGCUGCUGCAGCCCCCCCACGCCCUCGACCCGCGCGACCUCGCCUGGGCGCAGCGCCGCCUCUCUGUCCUCGCCUCCCUCGCUAACAUCCCCCUCGGCUCCCCGGGGGACAGUGGCGAUGGGGAGGGGGGUGAUGGCGAGGGAGAGGGAGGGGGAGGGGGAGGCGAAGGGGAUGGGAUAGCUCAGCGGGUGGGGUGGUGGGAGCGGCUGCCAGUAGCGAGCUGUGCGCGCACGUGGCUGCGCCGCCUGCGCCUGCUGGAGCAGCUCGUAUGUGUGUGGGGGGGAGAGGGGUGUGUGGGGCGGGUGGUAUCUGGGGCUAGUGACUUGCACGAGGUGCUGGGCUGCAUGGCGCGCACCACGGGCUUCGCCCUCGCAUGCCACCACGUGGCGGCGCUCACCGACGCCACGCUGCCCGCCCAUUGGUGGACGCGCGACGCUGACCUGGCGCUGCUGCUGGGCGUGGCGGUGCACGGGUACGGGGCGUACGAGGCCGUGUAUGGCGAUGCCGACCUGGGGCCGUACCUCCGGAAGCCCGCGCGGGACAGGGGGGAGAACGGGGAGAACGGGGAGAAGGGGGAGAAAGGGGAGCAGGAGGGGGGGGCUGGCGAGGAGGAGGGGUGGUUGGACGCGUACACGUUGACGCGGCGGUUGAAGCGCCUCAUUGAGCACCUCGUGCGCAUCAAGCGAUCCCGAUGGAGUCACUCCCUUCUCUCCCCCUCUCUCUCCCCUCCUCUCUCCCCUCCUAUCUCCCCUCCUCUAUCCCCUCCUCUCUCCCCUCCUCUCUCCCCUCCUGUCUCCCCUUCUAUCUCCCCUCCUAUCUCCCCUCCUCUAUCCCCUCCUCUCUCACCUCCUCUCUCCCCUCCUGUCUCCCCUCCUAUCUCCCCUCCUAUCUCCCCUCCUCUAUCCCCUCCUCUCUCCCUUCCUCUCUCCCCUCCUAUCUCCCCUCCUCUGGCCAAGAAGCCUCAGCCUCCUCCCACUCUUACGGGUCCUCCCCCCGCCUUCACCCCCGCGCACUUCAAGCGCGCCCUCCCUCCCGCCUCCGAUGCCUGGGCUGCCCCUGGCGCUGCUGCUGCCGCCGCUGCCGCCGCUGCUGCUGCCCCCGCUGCUGCUUCCGUUGCUGCUGGUGGUGGUGGCGGGAGGGGUGGGGACAUCGGGGGAAGAGGGGGCGUUGGGGGGAGAGGGAGGGGAGGCAGGGGAAGGGGAGUGGGAAGAGGGGGGAGAGGAGGACGGGGGUUAGCUGAUGGGGGAGGAGCAGGAGGAAGGGGAGGGAGAGGAAGAGUGGGGAACACAGGAGGGGCUUAUGAGGAGUACGGGGGGGAGGAGGAGGAGGAGCAGUGGGGAGGGCGGGGGGAGCAUGGGGAGUACGGGGAAGAGUAUGGGGAGGAGGGGGAUGAGGGCGUGGGGGAGGAGGAGUGGAACGAGGAUGCCCCUGUGGGUCGAGGUGGGGGGCGAGGGGAGGGCGGACUAGGCGGUGUGGAGAGAGGGGGAGGGGCGAGGGGGCGGGGCAGGGGGCGAGGCAGAGGACGGGGGGGAGGGAGGGGCGGGGCAGCAGGCGGAGGAGAGACUGGUGCCGCUGACCCGAGUGGUAGGGGGGGGCGGGGGAGGGGGAGAGGAGGGCGGGGGCGUGGGGGCACAAGGGGGGCCGGACGAGGUGCAGGAGCGGUGGAGAUGGGUGGUGGCGCAGGGGAGAGGGAGGGGAGGGGCGCAAAGGGAGGGGGCAGGGAGGGGGAGGAGAUGGAGUGGGAGGUGCAGGCGGAGGAGGGGGGGGAGGAAGCGGAGGCCGUGCAGGGUGGCCGUUCGCAUGCACACAGGGCAGGGGGGGCGCAUGGGGAAGGGGCAGGAGCGGCGCAGAAAGGGGUGGAGACGGUGUGGAGCCGCAAGGAGAAGCUGGAGCUGCUGCGCCUGCUCAUGCUGUGGGGGCUGCCCGCUGUGAGUCCUGGCUUGUCUUACCCGUCCCGUUCUUCCCCUCGCGGCCCUCGGGGGCAGCAGCAUGGCGGCAGCAGCACGAGGCAUGUGAGGUGGCAGCAUCUGAUGGAGUGGUUGUGUUGUGAUGGAUGGAUCGUGGGAGGGAGUGGCAGCAGCACGAGCCUAUCAUGUGCUUCAACCUGCUGUGGCCAUGCUCAACCCAACCAUCCCGUCCCGUGCUUCCCCUCGCACCCACAGGAGCAGCAGCAGGGCGGCAACAGCAGCGGCGGCAGCAGUGUGAGCUGGAAGCAGCUGCGGGACCACUCGCACCUGCCGUCCGUGCUCGCCAGGUCAGCAGCCUCCGUGGCGGCGUGCUUCGACGACGUCAUCGCUGAGAUGCAGCGCCGCCUGCAGGGCCUCCCCGCCUCCUCGCCCGCCUCUGCUGCUUCCAAUGCUGGUUUGGCUGCUGCUGCAGCAGGCGAGGAAGGAGAGGAAGGAGGGGACGGAGGGGAAGGGGAUGUAAGGGAGGCAGGUGGUAGUGGCGUCUCGGGGAAGAGGACGUUUGCGCUGGGAGAAGGCCACCCUGCCUCCUGCCCGGUAAUGUGGUGUGACAAAUUCCAUGUGGUGUGGCAAAUGCCAUGUGAUCGGCCAUGUUUGAAUCCCUCUGUGCCCCUCGUAUGGCCUUUCACUCUUGCUUCUUCCUUCCUCUCUGCCUCUCUGUCUCGUCCCUACUGCCCGUCGCAGUGUCUGCUGUGUGGAGAGAGGGAGGCCUCAGAUGCGAGGAGGCAGCGCAGGGGGCAACCAGGAGUGGGGGAAGAAGGGGGACCGGAGGGGGAUGGGGAGAGCGUGCUGCUGACCCCAGAAGACUCGGUGCUCAAUGCCAAGACAGCGCCCUUUUACCUUUGUCCAUUCCCCCUGUGCUGGUCCGCCCCUCCAUCCCCAACCGUGGCACUGCAUGUCCGCCCGCGCCACCAGGAGCGGCUGCUAGAGCGGUUGGAGGCGGUGGAGGUGCUGCGCAGGGCGGUGGCGGUGUUUGGUGGGGACUGGUUCCGGCUGGGCCUGUCCACGUACAAGUCGCACGACCUGCCCGCCUGGUGGCGUGCUGGCAUCCACGACAAGGGGCUCGUCAAGGGCAUAUUUGCGCACGGGUACGGGUCAUGGGCGGCCAUCAUGAAGGACGCGGAGCUGCCCUUUGCGGCGCUCAUAGCGCCCAGCAAGGCCGGCAAGGGCAAGCCCCCCCGCAAGGGCGCGGCAGAGGCGGACGGCAGUGGCGCCGGCGAGGGUGGGCGAGGGGGCAGCGAGCACGAGGACGAGGACGGGGUGGGCGGGGGGGCGGCAGGGGAGGGGGCACCGAAGGCGAAGGUGGUGGUGCGGAGGGUGAAGUAUCUGGAGAAGAUGCUGAAGCGCCAGCUCAUCAAGCGCGACAGCUCCGGGCCCCGUAAGCGCAUGUCCGCUGCUGCCAAGGCUGCUGCCGCCGCCGCCGCCGCUGCAGCUGCUGCUGGUUCUGCUGCUCCCUGCGUUGAUGCCAAGCCUGCUGCUGGCACUGUCAGUAGCGUCGGUGCUGCUGCUGCUGCUGAUGUGGAUGCAGGGCAGCAGCUUGUGCAUGGACACAUGGCGUCCGCUGGUUGGCUGGCAGGUGAUCCACACAGGGCCGGAGGUGGGGGGGAUGUGGGAGGAAGCGGGGGAGGAUUGAGCCUGGAGUUCACAUUGGAGCGGGGCGCGGGUGGUCGAGUGGGUGGGGGGGGAGCACGAGGUGUUCAUCCUGCUGCUUCUGCUGACGCUCGUGCUGCUUUGGCUGGUAUUUCCGCCAAAAUUGUGGGUGGAGGUCUGGGUUUGAGUAUGGGAGGAGGUAUGGGUGGGCUCGACUUGAACAUGGAUCUGUGCUCAUGA